AGUACACGUGUCAGAAGCCCAGUUCGUCUCCCUACAAACCAGAUAGCAUAUAGACCCGGAACUCGGAAGCACCCACUCUUUGAAGCCUUGGGCAUCCAAAUGACUAAAAAUUCUUUCUCACAUCUCUCUGAAAACCCACCAAAACGGCCUAGAUGUUAGCUGCCGGUAGGUAUACUAACCAAAGCCGGCAGCCGGAGCCGGAGCCGGGCCGCGCAGAGACGACCACGCCGAGAGUGCUAAUCAUAUUGUCUUCCGUGUUGGAGAAGCUGGUCGCUAGAAAUGACCAGCUGGUGGAGUGCUUGAGCCAGCAGCUGGAUGAGUUGAGCUUCUACAGCUCGGGUCGGGUUGGGAAGAGCUUGAAUGCGUUUCAUGGCGUGAGAGCACCGAGCAUAAGCAUUCCCAAGUACUUGGAGAGGCUAUACAAGUACACGAGCUGUAGUCCAUCUUGUUUUGUGGUUGGAUAUGUGUAUAUAGACAGGCUGCUUCACAGGCACCCUGACUCCCUCGUCAUAUCCCUGAAUGUGCAUAGAUUACUGGUUACGAGCGUUAUGGUUGCUUCCAAGAUGCUAGAUGAUGUGCAUUACAACAAUGCAUUUUAUGCUCGGGUUGGAGGGGUAAGCAAUGCUGAACUAAACAGGCUGGAACUGGAAUUGCUGUUUCUAUUGGAUUUUAGAGUUACAGUGAGCUCUCGGGUUUUUGAGAGCUAUUGCUUGCACUUGGAAAAAGAAAUGUUAUUCAAUGGCAUCGGGCAGAAUAUCGAAAAGGCAGUAAUCCCCAGUGCAGCUGCUGUGGACGAUUUGACUGAAAUAUCAAUAGAAGAUGCACAGAUUUAGUUCUUCUUGAUCACCUCAGAUCUUCUUUCUUUUGGCUCAGAAAAUUGUGAAUUGUUGUUGGCCAUGCAAUCAUGGGCUGGUUUCUUUCUUUUUUGUAUCUUAUGAUCAUGUCACAUGGGUGCUUCAACUAUCUUUCUGCCACAUUGAGAGGUUAAUAAUAUUCUUACACUUUCUUAAA